AUGGUCUAUUUCAUUUUACUGCAUCUGUUUAUAUUUUCUGCGUUCUCCACAGUUGUUCAAGCUUUGGUUGGUGGAGUCGAAGAAGACUGGAAAAGGAAUGCAUAUCUUGUUAGGGUGUACUCUUGGAAGGACAGCGGCAGUAAGAUGGCCAACGUCUGUGCAGGAACGAUGAUCACCCCGAAAGUUGUGUUGACACCAGCUCAUUGUAUUGCUGAAGCCGGCAUACCUGCGUCUCAGCUGCUAGUAGCUGUUCCUGAGCGUAGAUUAGUGGACAGUGUUAAUGACAACCAAAAAGCUUUAGCCUUCGAGACGGUUACGUUUGAAGCUGUGAUAGGGAAGCUGACAAAGUCGUGGGCUCUUUUAAAAAUUCGUGGUUUAAAUCCAAAUUUAGUAUGCUCACAAAGUCAAACAGCUCCGAAAGGAAUAGUGAGGCUCAAUCUGCAACCAACUUUACUGGACAAAUCUAUGGUACCGAUUAAAAAGGCAGAUAUCAUUAAAAUGGAUUGCUACAUGAUCGGGUUUGGUGGUGGUGUGAUUAGUUUUAAAGACCUCGAACCAGUUCAGAAAGUCAAAGUUACUGAUCUGCAAACCGGUGAAUACGGACUACUUCGCGCUAAACUAUCGAACACUGCAAGAGAGCUUGAUAUGGGGACUCCAUUAUUUUGUAAGCAUGAAAAACUUGGCGACAUUCAAAUUGGCUAUUUAAUGGUUGGUAAACGUGACAGAGAGCCUACAAAGCUGACAGAAAACACAACUUUAUCUGAGAAAACAAAGCCGAAUAAAGAUGAGAAAGCUAAAGAUCUGAAAGAAAACUCAAAGGCCCAGUCUUACAGCAGUAUGUAUCAGGAGCUUCUUUUUUACACGAUACCUACCAAAAAAGCUUUUUUUGAAGCGCUUGAGGAACUGGAUUUGGGUGGUCUUAUCAGUGCUUAUCAGUUAUGUGAAUUCUUGCGUCCACCAAGUGGACUGUAG